GGGAUGUAUCCUCAGUGUUUGUUGCCCGUCUUCGUGCUUUGUGAGGCGCCGAUGAUAAAGAUGUCCCCGCUGCUCCUUCAUCCUGCCACCGUCUAGCCGGCUCUCCUCUCGAUGGCUCACUGCGGACACUCAGAGCCGAGCGCAAAGUUGCAGGCUCCAGACAGCGUCCUGCCGGACCGGAGCACCACCAGGCCCGUGCUGUUUGAGAUCUUUGGAGAGAUUUGGACCGUCCAGUCGCGGCUCGGCCAGGGAGUGUCGGCCUCGGUGUACCGGGUCAGCUCCGGCAGAGCCGCCACAGCCGCCGUGAAGGAGUUCCAGGCCGACUCUCAGGGUGGAGAUUACGGCUUUCACAAAGAGAGGUCUGUGCUGGAGGACAUCCAGGGACACAAAAACAUUGUAACACUUUACGGUGUGUUCACCAACCACAAUUGUAUGGGAGUGUCCACUUACUGCCUUCUGUUGGAGCUCUUGGACGUCAGCGUGUCCGACCUGCUGUUGUAUACACCUCAGCAGGGCCACUCCAUGUGGCUCGUCCAACACUGUGCCAGAGACAUCCUGGAGGCUCUGUCCUUCCUUCACAGGGAAGGCUACGUCCAUGCUGACCUCAAACCACGCAACAUCCUCUGGAGUGCCGAUGACGAGUGCUUCAAACUCAUCGACUUUGGCCUCAGCUUCAAACAGGGAAACCAGGAUGUUAAGUACAUCCAGACUGACGGGUACCGUGCUCCCGAAGCCGAGCUUCAGAACAGCCUGGCCCAGGCUGGGGUAGAGGGAGAAUUGGGUUGCACAGCUGCUGUGGAUCUGUGGAGUCUAGGCGUGGUCCUGUUGGAGAUGUUCUCAGGAGUCAAACUCAAAGACACUGUUUGCUUGAAAGAGUUGAAGGAGAACAGCACUGCCGUUGUUGAUCAUAUCUUCUCAAACAACAGUCUGCUGUGCCCCGCCAUCCCAGUUUAUCACCUCAGAGACCUUAUUAAGAGCAUGCUCCUUCAUGAUCCAAAACAAAGAUGCACAGCUGACACUGCCCUGCUGAGUCCAUUCUUCAGUAUUCCCUUUGCGCCUCACGUUGAGGAUCUGGUUCUGCUGCCUUCUCCUGUUCUCCGUUUGCUCAACUUGAUUGACGACAGCCAUUUGCACAACGACGAAGAGUAUGACGACAUCCUGGAGGACAUGAAAGAGGAGUGUCAGAAGUACGGCUCUGUAGUGUCUCUGCUUAUCCCUAAAGAAAACCCAGGCAAAGGACAGGUGUUUGUGGAGUAUGCCAACUCCAGUGACUCCAAAGAAGCUCAGCGUCUGCUGACGGGCCGCACGUUUGACGGAAAGUUUGUUGUUGCCACCUUCUACCCGCUGAGCGCCUAUAAAAGAGGGUAUCUGUACCAGACCGUGCAGUGAAGUCUGAAAUCUCUGUCCACAUAAAAAAUGAU